AUGUCCAAUAUUCUCCGCGUCUUUUCGAAAAAUGCGCGCUCAUUGACACAGCCGUCUAACACCCGUAUCGUUGCACUAGAGCGUUCAUUUCACUCGCCCUUUGUAGUGCUCAACUCUCCGGCUUCGAACUCACCGCCAGUGUCGGCGUCACAGUACGAAAAACAACAUGACCACUCUCCUGAACCCCAAAUAUCAUCAGCUGGCACGCGCACUUAUGUGGUAUCAGAGCCUGAUCCUGCCGAUGCCCCUUACGCGGUGCCAUCAGGCGCAUAUCCCACUACAACGCCUUACGUCGACUUCAAACCCACAGACGCCCCCAAGUCUGAGGGUAAAUACAAUGCAGGCAGCGCGAGCAUUCCCCAUUCUUUUACAACUCGUGCUAUUCCAAGAAGUAAAAACAGCGUUGAUAAUAAUAUGAGAUAUGGAGAGGCACCCAAACUUCGCGACAGAAACCUAUCCCCUGAUUCGGAUGUAGUCCUGCGUUGGUCCAAACUAGGCGUAGAGGGCGCAUGGAAAAAGCGGAAAUAG